AUGCCUAUUUUAUUUUCUCGUACUCGUACUUCGUACACGGGUACGAAUACGAAUUUUGAACAAGCUUCCAAACACUAUUUAUAUGUUAGUUUACUAAUAUAUUUUUUCUAUUUAGAGGACUUUGAUUAUGAAGAAUAUUAUCUUCUAAAAUUCUCAAACUUUCAAAAAAAUAUUAACGACAUUAUUUUUGCACGAUAUUUCUUGGAACAACUUUUUAAUUGCACUUUUGAAUAUGCUUUAUUUUAUGACAUUAUAUUUAAUCCAGAAAUGAUCAAUAUAUUAUUUGAUAACGACAAAACAAUUCCCCUUCAAUUUAACGUUCAAGAUGCACGUAUAUGGCCUAACAACGAAUCAUUUGAAACAGUUUUGAAAUUUUAUUUAAAUCAUUUAUCAAUUUCUGGGUCUUUUACUAUCAAUUUGGGAAAUGUUGACAUUACAGAACAACAAACAAAUAUUUUAUUAAAUAUUUUAAUUAAUGAAGGCAAUAAAUUACCACAAAUUGAUUUUAAAGGUCUUAAUAUAACAAAGCUUUAUGACCCUAUUAUAAACUAUAUAACAACAUCAAGGGACUGUCCAAUAACGGUGCCGGUGAUUCUUUUAAAUUUUACUACUUCACUGCAUUUUAAAUUAUGUGAAAAAGCGGGAAAUGUUGAAGUUAAGAAAUUAGGGAAUGUAAGAUAUAUAAAUUACCAAAUUGCCAAUAUUUACAAUCCAAAAGUGAGAUUUGCAUUUUCUAAUUCAGAAGAUAAUGAUGGAUUAACAUUCGGCGUUAAAAUCAGAAAAAUGAAAGAGUAA